AUGGGGCUAAAUGUGGCAUCUGCUCUCUCAGAGUCUAAACAAAACCAAAUGAAGGAAAGCCGUAAAGCUCUGAUGGCUAUAUUGUCAUCUAUUCGCUUUUUGGCUUUUCAAGGUCUAGCGCUGCGGGGACACGAUGACGACGAGGGGAACUUGAAGCAACUGUUACUGUUGCGCGAAGCCGAUGUACCGGGAUUAGCAGCAUGGCUAAGUAGAAUAGGCUAUAAAUGGACCUCCGGUGACAUCCAGAACGAGAUGCUCGAGUUAAUAACGCACAGCAUGCUUCGCUCUCUAAUGAAAGAAGUGCACGAGACAGGGUUUUAUGCUGUUAUUGCUGAUGAAACUUCUGACAUAACUACGCAAGAGCAAGUAUCCUUUUGCCUUCGGUAUGCUAAGGAAAACUUAGAAGUGGAGGAGGUAUUCGUUGGAUUUUAUGCAACAGCGGACACCAGAGCCCGUACUCUCUUUUCCAUUUUGAAAGACGUGCUUUGUCGGUUCAAUCUUCGGAUUGAGAACUGCUGUGGUCAAUGCUAUGAUGGAGCUGCAAAUGUUUCUGGCAAGAGCGGUGGGCUUCAGGCCCUCGUUCAAGACAUCGAACCAAGGGCUUUGUAUGUGCACUGCCUUGCGCACACACUGAACCUGUCUUUGCAAGAUUUGUGCACGAAAAUUGAUGUCUGUCGGGAUUUUGUUAGCUUGUUUACGGACCUCGUCAAUUUUGUUAAAACAUCCCCAAAACGUCUCAGCUGGUUCCAGCAGUUUCAGAAACAGGAAAACCCUGCUCUCAGACACUUUCGCAAAACUAGGUGGACGUUAAAGGCGUGCUCGCUCCGGUCGGUCUCCAGUAACUACUCCGAACUAACCAAAUUCCUUUUCACUCUUUCAUCGGAAGAAAAAAAUGACACGGGAGCCAAAGCGAGUGGGUACGCGAAAACGCUUAAAAAAUUUGACACCUAUUUUCUACUUAGGUUUAUGCUCCUUGUCUUUGAGAGGUUGGAAAGUGUAAACACCGCUCUCCAAAAGAAGAGCUUACAGUUCACCCGAGCAGAGCUUUUAGUUAAGGCUGUUGAAGAGAGUAUCGGUCAACUCCGCGAGGACUUCUCCAGCUUCUGGGCCGAUGUGUCGGAUGAAGAACGUGAAAUGGAGAUUGGGGCCCCAAGCGUUCCGAAGAGACCGCGGCAGGCACCACGUCGAUAUGAUGAAGGAUCGCACGCUCAUGACUUUAAUUCCCCGGAAGCUUUCUACCGGCAACGGUUCUAUCUAGUCAUCGACACGGUGCAUGCAUCGCUGCGCACGCGGUUUCCGCCAGAAAUGUGGCAUCACAUGACACAAGUAGAGCAGUUCGUAACAGGUGAAACUGACAGCACGUACCUUUGCGAAUUCUAUAAAGGAGAUCUCAACGCUGUGCGUCUUCAGCUUCACCGCGAUAUGUUACUGGACAUAGCAAAGCAACGUGCAACGAGUCUUGUCACAUUUCAAGAUGUGGUGGACCUUCUUUCGGGAAAAGCAGGUGACCCCUUGAGGGUGCUCCUUCCAGAAGUUGUCAAGCUUCUACAAAUCGCAAUGACGAUUCCUGUGACUUCCUGUUCGUCAGAAAGAUCUUUCUCGUGUCUCCGGAGAGUUAAAACUUACCUGCGCUCAACAAUGGGACAGGCCAGACUCAACCAUACCGCCUUGCUCCACUGCCACAAAGAGCUCGCUAGGCAAGUGGAUCUAGAUCUUGUGGCUAACGAGUUCAUUCAUCGAACGGUAGUUAGAGAAAACACGUUUCAUGUUGAAAUCUAA